UCAUUACAGCGCCCAGGUUUAAAGCGAGGAGACCGAUUCCAUGCUGCUUUGCUGCGGAAUGCAAACUUGUCAUGUGACCGAGUCAGAAGCGCUUCCGUGACGUACAGUUAAGGAUACGUCGUCUUUCAAAGAGAACAAAAUCAACAACAAACGCCAGAAGCAUACAAACAAGAAACACACUGCUUAAAUGUACAGGCGGACAAGGCGUCGACCAUAAAAAACACAGCUACUAAACAGAAUCCCGUGUGCUGCCAUGGACAGUGUGGAGAUGGAAUCUGUCCAGAUUAAAGAGGAGUUCCCUGAACUUGAACCUGUCCCCAUUAGAGUGGAGUUCUCUGGGCUGGCUUCCCUCCCCAUUAAACAGGAGCUCUGUGAGAUGCAAUGUGACAGCAGCCAGCCAGAGGUCUCUGAGAUUAAAGCUGAGCACAAUGAAUUGGAGAUCCCCCAGACAGAAUAACCCCUUCCUGUGAAACAAGAAGAGGUGCUGGAAACUGACUGUAUUAAACAGGAGCCCCCUGAAGUAGAGUUUGACCACAUGGAACCAGUGAAGGAAGAAUCCGAGGACUUCAAACCAAACAUCCCUGAGCUGGAGCCUGUACGCCUGCGGGAGUGUAGCGUGGUGCUGGAGAGAAUCUGCGUGAGAGAGCAAGGCGCUGGAGAGGAAGGCUCUCCCAACAGCACGCAAGGAGGUGGAAAGGAAGACGGGCGCUCCCAUUCAGAAUGCAGUCUAGCAGGUUCCAGUCCAGCAGCUAAAGCGAGGGCGGGCGGUGGAGAAGAUCCUGACUGUGGGAAAGGUUUCACCCAGUUUGGGAAUUUUAAAGCACAUCAGCGAACUCACACAGGAAAGAAACGGUAUCGCUGCUCUGCCUGUGGGAAGAGUUUCCGUCUUAAACAAGACCUUCAAAAACACCAGCGAAUUCACACAAGAGAGAAACCGUACCACUGCUCUGACUGUGGAAAGAGUUUCAGUCUGUCAAACAACCUCAAGCAACACCAGCGAACUCACACAGGAGAGAAACCAUAUUGCUGCUCUGACUGUGGGACGAGUUUCAGUCGGUCAGACAGCCUUGUUUCACACCAGCGUAUUCACACAGGUGAGAAACCGUAUCACUGCUCUGACUGUGGAAAGAGUUUCAGUCUGUCAAACAACCUUAAAAAACAUCAGCGAACUCAUACAGGAGAGAAACCAUAUCGCUGCUCUUACUGUGGGAAGAGUUUCAGUCAGUGUAUCCACCUUGUUUCACACCAGCGAACUCACACAGGAGAGAAACCGUAUCGCUGCUCUGACUGUGGAAAGAGUUUCAAUAACUCAGGAUACCUGACAAAACACCAGAGAAUUCACACAGGAGAGAAACCAUAUUACUGCUCUGACUGUGGGAAGAGUUUCAGUCGGUCAGGACACCUUGUUUCACACCAGCGAACUCACACAGGAGGGAAACCAUAUCGCUGCUAUGACUGUGGGAAGAGUUUCCGUCUUAAACAAGACCUUCAGAAACACCAGCAAAUUCACAGAGGAGAGAAACCUUAAAGAUUAUGUUCAAUGGGACUUUUCACUCAUGAGGAAAAAACCUUGUAUUAUGAAUCCCUGUGUAAUUACUGUUUUGUGUAUCACUCUUAAGAGCAUGCAUUUUAAAUGGUACAAAUGCUCUUCAGCUCUCUUGCACUCUGAUUGUGUCAGAAUGCGGGCGGAGACGCGGACACAUCACAAGAGGCUUCUCUGCUGUCAGUUUAACUCAGGCUGUCAAUGCAGUCAGGAGCGGGAAUAUGCAGAAAGGAAACUAUUCUGCACCUCAUCUGAUGGACGAGUCAGGAGAAAUUGAUAACUCAGUGUUGGGAAUGAGUUUCAGGGUUUAGCAUUUAAACUGCAUAGACUUGAAAAUAAAUACAUUGAUGGGAACGAGUAUCCCGACCCCGGUAUGUAGCAUCCCAGAGACAAGACUGCACCGUCCUUACUGGACAACCGCCUGGAGGGUUUGUCUUGUAAAUUCAUCACGAUUCUAAAAUGGAAAAUGAUAGUGUCCCAUGUAUUGGUGUUGCGAUAUGACAAUAAAAAGAUAAUCGCGAUUUAAA